CUCCAGUCAUGCUGGGGGCGGGGCCGAAGUGCGGCGGCGCCGCGCAGGAAGCACGUGAUCUGGGACUCGGUUAGGAAGCUGCCUCUCUGGUACGGAGUGCCCCCAGCACCUAAAGCUUGCGAUGACUUCUGCACUGACCCAGGGGCUGGAGCGAAUCCCAGACCAGCUUGGCUACUUGGUGCUGAGUGAAGGCGCAGUGUUGGCGUCGUCUGGGGAUCUAGAGAAUGACGAGCAGGCAGCCAGCGCCAUUUCUGAGCUGGUCAGCACCGCUUGUGGUUUCCGGCUGCACCCGGGCAUGAACAUACCCUUCAAACGCCUGUCAGUGGUCUUUGGAGAACACACGCUGCUGGUGACCGUGUCAGGACAGAGGGUGUUUGUGGUGAAGAGGCAGAACCGAGGCCGGGAGCCCAUUGACAUCUGACCCUGCCAGAGGGGAGGGUCGGAGAAUGUGGAUUGGGUCCAUGAGCCGCUUGCGAUGAGGAAGGCACAGUGUCCUCCACCACUUUCUCGGCUUGCAGUUAGAACCAAGACCUUCUGCUCACCAACUUCCUUACCCUAUCUGGAAGGGCAAAGGCUUGGGGACUUUGUACAAUGUUAAGGAAGGUGAGAGUGAAGGCACUGCUCACUUCCCUCGCUCCUUCCCUUCCUCCCUCCUAAUAAUCAUAAAUCUGAUGUUCCCAGGCCUACGGGUGUGUGUGUGUGUGUGUGUCAGGAGUGGGGGUGGUUCAUGCUUCAUCUCUUUCAUCUAGGGAGAAAGUCAUGUACCCAGAGGGGUAGGACAGGGCCGCCUCUGAAUACUAUAUAAUGGGAAUUGGAGAAGAAGGGAGCUGGGGGGAGCUACUUGGACUGUAUGCUGAAGGGAAUUGGUCUCUACCUCUGGCCACUCUGUGUCCUCUGCUCCCUCCACCAACACACAAACAGCAGUCGUUCUUCUCCCUCCUGGGCAGGCAUUUAAUAGUCGUAUUUCAGUUGGAAGCAGUAGACGGAGAAUAAUUUACAGGACAGACUUAAAAAAAAAAAAAACCAACCAACCA